UUUCCUGUGAGCGAGGAUUUGGUGAAGAACGUGUCGCCCCCCAGCGGCGCGGCGGAAAGGCCCUGAGAACAGGCGCAGGCGUGCUGGCCCCUCCCGCUCCGGAUGCGCCGCGGGGCCUUAGGGGGCGGGGCCGAUCGAUCGUCUCCGGGUCCGACGCCCGCGACCUGCGGGGUUGGCCCGGGAAAGAUAGGUUGGGCGGCUGGGGGUCGGUGCCUGCAGACAAUGUGGGGCGGCGAUCGCCUGGCGGGUGCUGGCGGAGGCGGGGCGGCCGUGACGGUGGCCUUCACCAACGCUCGCGACUGCUUCCUCCACUUGCCGCGGCGCCUUGUGGCCCAGCUACACCUGCUGCAGAAUCAAGCUAUAGAAGUAACGUGGGGUCAGCAGCCUGCAUUCUUGAGUUGGGUGGAAGGCAGGCAUUUUCGUGAUCAAGGUGAAAAUGUGGCUGAAAUUAACAGACAAGUUGGUCAGAAACUUGGACUCUCAAAUGGGGAACAGGUGUUUCUCAAGCCAUGUUCCCAUGUGGUGUCUUGUCAACAAGUUGAAGUGGAACCCCUCUCAGCAGAUGAUUGGGAGAUACUGGAGCUGCAUGCUGCUUCCCUUGAACAGCAUCUUCUAGAUCAAAUUCGAAUAGUUUUUCCAAAGGCCAUUUUUCCCAUUUGGGUUGAUCAGCAAACUUACGUAUUUAUCCAGAUUGUUGCACUAAUACCAGGGGCGUCUUAUGGAAGGCUGGAAACUGACAGCAGACUCCUUAUUCAGCCAAAGACUCGCCAAGCCAAAGAGAAUACAUUUUCAAAAGGAGAUAAUGCACGGGGAAAAUUUCAUAAUUAUGAAGGAAACCAAAAAGGAUUGACAAAAGAACCUCAAACCAAGCAACUUCAGUCAAAUACUAUAGGAAUCACUAGGUCUCAAGAAACAGAUUCAAAGGAUACAAUUGACGCAUCCUCAGUGCCAAGCUUAUGGACUAUGAUAGGAAGUAUUUUUUCGUUUGGGUCUGAAAAGAAACAAGACAUGUCCUGGGGUUUAACUGAAAUCAAUGCAUUCAAAAAUAUGCAGUCAGAAGUUGUUCCUUUGGACAAUAUUUUCAGAGUAUGCAAAUCUCAGCCUCCCAGCAUAUGUAAUGCAUCCCCAACUUCUGUGUUUCACAAACACUACACCAUUCAUGUAUUUCCAUGGGACCAGGAAUAUUUUGAUGUGGAGCCCAGCUUUACUGUGACCUAUGGAAAGCUAGCUAAAGUACUUUCUCCAAAGCAACAGCAAAAUAAAACAAAGCAAAGUGUCCUGUCACCUGAAAAAGAGAAGCAGAUGUCAGAACCACUAGAUCAAAAACAAAUUAGCCCGGACUCUAGUCAAGAAGAUGACAAGGCCUGCGUGCUAAAGGUGGUCUGGAAUGGACUUGAGGAAUUGAAGAAUGCCGUUAAAUACACCAAGAAUGUAGAAGCUCUUCAUCUUGGGAAAGUCUGGAUUCCAGAUGACCUGAGAAAGAGACUAAAUAUAGAAAUGCAUGCAGUAGUCAGAAUAACUCCAGUGGAAAUUACCCCUAAAAUUCCAAGAUCUCUAACAUUACAACCUAGAGAAAACUUACCUGAAGACGUAAGUGAAGAAGACAUAAAAGCUGUGUUCUCUUCAUGGUUACAACAGUCCACUACUACCACACUUCCUUUGAUAAUAUCAGAGGAAGAAUAUAUUAAGCUGGAAAUUAAAGAUGGAUUGAAGGAGUUUUCUCUGAAUACAGCUCAUUCUUGGGAAAAGGAAAAAGAAAAAAAUAUUUUUCUAUUGAGUGCCAAUCUGCUACAGAAGACUACAAUACAAGUCCUUCUAGAUCCUAUGGUAAAAGAAGAAAACAGUGAGGAAAUUGACUUUAUUCUUCCUUUUUUAAAGCUGAACUGCCUGGGAGGAGUGAAUUCCAUAGGCGUCUCCUCCAUGGAGCACAUCACUCACAGCCUCCUGGGACGCCCUUUGUCUCGGCAGCUGAUGUCCCUCAUGGCAGGACUUAGGAAUGGCGCCCUUUUACUCACAGGAGGAAAGGGGAGUGGAAAAUCAACUUUAGCGAAGGCAAUCUGUAAAGAAGCGUUUGACGUAUUGGAUGCCCAUGUGGAGAUAGUUGACUGUAAAGCUUUACGAGGAAAAAGGCUUGAAAACCUACAAAAAACCAUAGUGGCGGCUUUCUCAGAGGCAUCGUGGAGGCAGCCUUCUGUUGUUCUGCUGGACGACCUGGAUCUGGUUGCGGGCCUGCCUGCCCUCCCGGAACAUGAGCAUAGUCCUGAGGCUGUGCAGAGCCAGAGGCUGGCACAUGCCUUGAAUGAUAUGACGAAAGAGUUAAUUUCCAUGGGAAGUUUGGUUGCACUGAUUGCUACAAGCCAGUCUCAGCAUUCUCUACAUCCUUUACUUGUUUCUGCUCAAGGAAUUCACCUGUUUCAGUGCGUCCAGCACAUACAGCCUCCUGAUCAGGAGCAAAGAUGUGAAAUUCUGCAUAAUGCCAUAAAAAAUAAACUGGACUGUGAUAUGAACAGUUUCACUGAUCUUGACCUGAAACGUAUAGCUAAAGAGACUGAAGGCUUUGUGGCUAGAGACUUUAUAGUGCUUGUGGAUCGAGCCAUACAUUCUCGUCUCUCUAAUCAGAGUGUAUCUACCAGAGAAGAAUUAGUUUUAACAACAUUGGACUUCCAAAAGGCUCUCCAAGGAUUUGUUCCUGCAUCUCUGAGAAAUGUCAACCUACAUAAACCUAGGGACCUGGGCUGGGAUCACAUUGGUGGAUUACGUGAAGUUCGGCAGAUCCUUAUGGAUACAAUCCAGUUACCAGCCAAGUACCCAGAGUUAUUUGCAAACUUGCCCAUACGACAAAGAACAGGAGUACUACUGUAUGGUCCUCCUGGAACGGGAAAAACCUUACUAGCUGGAGUAGUUGCACGAGAGAGUGGAAUGAAUUUUAUUAGUGUUAAGGGGCCAGAGUUACUCAGCAAAUAUAUUGGAGCAAGUGAACAAGCUGUUCGGGAUAUUUUUAUUAGAGCACAGGCUGCGAAGCCCUGCAUUCUUUUCUUUGAUGAAUUUGAAUCCAUCGCUCCUCGACGAGGCCAUGAUAAUACAGGGGUCACAGACCGUGUAGUUAACCAGUUGCUGACUCAGUUGGAUGGAGUAGAAGGCUUACAGGGUGUUUAUGUUUUGGCUGCUACCAGUCGCCCUGACUUGAUUGACCCUGCCCUGCUGAGGCCUGGCCGACUGGAUAAAUGCGUCUACUGCCCUCCUCCUGAUCAGGUGUCACGUCUUGAAAUUUUAAAUGUUCUCAGUGCCUCUCUACCUCUGGCAGAGGACGUGGAUCUUCAGCACGUGGCAUCCCUAACUGACUCCUUCACGGGAGCUGAUCUGAAAGCCUUACUUUACAAUGCCCAGCUGGAGGCCUUGCAUGGAAGGCUGCUGUCCUGUGGACUCCAAGAUGGAGGGUCCAGCUCUGAUAGUGACCUGAGUCUGUCUUCAAUGGUUUUUCUUAACCACAGCAGUGGCUCUGAUGAUUCAGCUGGAGAUGGAGAAUAUGGCUUAGACCAGUCCCUUGUUUCUCUAGAGAUGUCAGAGGUGCUUCCAGAUGAAUCAAAAAUCAAUAUGUACCGGCUCUACUUUGGAAGCUCCUACGAAUCAGAACUUGGGAACGGGACCUCUUCAGAUUUGAGCUCGCAAUGCCUGUCAGCACCAAGCUCCAUAACUCAGGAUUUUCCUGGAGCUCCUGGGAAGGAUCAGUUUUCACGACCUCCAAUGUUCAGAACAGCUUCACAAGAGGGUUAUCAAGAACUCACACAGGAACAAAGAGAUCAACUGAGGGCGGAUAUCAGUAUUAUCAAAAGCAGAUACCGGAACCAAAUUGGAGAGGAUGAUGCCCUUAACCAACCAGGACCAAUCAGAACCAGUCUGGCUAUUAGUCAGUCACAUUUAAUGACUGCACUCAGUCACACAAGGCCAUCCAUCAGUGAGGAUGACUGGAAGAACUUCGCUGAGCUGUAUGAAAAUUUUCAAAAUCCAAAGAAGAGAAAAAAUCAAAGUGGAACAGUGUUCCGACCUGGACAGAAAGUAACUCUAGCAUAAAAUAUACUUCUGAUUUUUUUUUUUUUUUUUUUUUUUUGUGGUGGUACUUUGUCCCUGUGUUUUAAUGGUGAAAGUGAUCUCUAUAAAUUUCUUUUUAAUUUAAUUCGUUAAUCUAUAAAAUCAGAUUGAUCAUAACGAUCAGGAUUAUUUGAUAUUCGUUAAUCUAUAAAAUCAGAUUGAUUAUAAUGAUCAGGAUUAUUUGAUAUUAAUACUUGAGAAUAAAUUGGGAUUAUUUAUAACAGAU